CAACGUGAGCUAAUCAACAAGCACCACAUGUUCUAAUACUAGAGCAUUAGAACAUGUUAGACUCAGGCAAACGCCCUGAAAUGUUCUGUCUCGCUUCUAAACACUUCUCUGUUAUUUGGUGAACACCUAAAUCUCUUUAUUCCCUUCUUUCCUUGCAUUUGUGCUUCUAUAUUUCCAUUCAACACGGGCAGCACACGAUUCGUCACGGAAAAGAUAAGGUCUCCAGUCUACUAUGGAUGAGGAGAGAGAGGAGGGGGCUCCUACCUCUAAAACCACUCUGUCUGGGGAACAUGGCCGCCAGAGCAAAGCUAAGAGCCCAGAGCAGCGGGAGAGAGCAGACUCCCCUGGACCCAGCUGUGUCUCCUUGAAGAGUGAACACUCUAUGGAUGAUCCUAUUAACUUUAGAGAUGGAAAUCAGUCUAUUGAGAAGAGAGUCCAGAAGGAGAGAGCAGACUCCCCUGGACCCAGCUGUGUCUCCAUGAAGAGAAACUGGUCUAUGGAUUUUACUCCUGACCUUAAAGAUGGACGCCCCUCCAGAGAGGAAGGGCGUCCCCAGGAGAGGUCAAAGGUUACCAGUGCUCAGUCUGUACAGCAGAAUCAAGCAGAGCUGAUCAAGAGGGCUGGGGAGAACGCACACGCUUUUCUAGACAAGGAGCUGAAGAAGCUCUGGAGGGAUCUCUUCUCAGAUUACCCACAAUGCUCAGAGAGUCAGAGGGAGAAGGAGGAGGAGGAUGGUAAGAACGAGGAGCGGAGGAGGCGCGCCAUAGCGGGAGUGGUAGACAUCACAAAGCUCUGCCUGAUGGAGAUGAACCAGGAGGAACUGGCCGACAAGCUGGGGAGUGGAGCUGUUGCGGUCCAGUGGCAACAUGAACUCAAGGCUCAUCUGAAGGAGAAGUUCCACUGUGUGUUUGAGGGAAUCGCUAGAGCAGGAAAGCAGAGACCUCUGAAUGAGAUCUACACAGAGCUCUUCAUCACAGAGAGAGGCAGUGGAGAGGUCAACAUGGAACAUGAGGUCAGACUGAUUGAAAAGGCAUCCAGGAAAACAGCCAAUGAGGAAACACCAAUCAGAUGUGAAGACAUCUUUAAACCUUUACCUGGACAAGAUAAACCAAUCAGAACAAUAAUGACAACCGGAGUGGCCGGCAUUGGUAAAACUCUCUUAACACACAAGUUCACUCUGGACUGGGCCGAAGGCAAAGCCAACCACGACAUAGACUUCACAUUUCUCCUCACUUUCAGAGAGCUGAAUUUACUGAACUUGAAAGAGUUUAGCUUACUGGAACUUCUUCAUCAGUUUUCUGUUGAAACCAAAGAAUCAGGAAUCUACAGAUACGACCAUGACCAAGUGGUCUUCAUCUUGGAUGGUCUGGAUGAGUGUCGACUUCCUCUGGACUUCCAGAACAACCCGAACUGGACUGAUGUCACCGAGCCGACCUCAGUGGACGUGCUGCUGACAAACAUCAUCAGGGGAGUCCUGCUUCCCUCUGCCCGCAUCUGGAUAACCACACGCCCUGCCGCAGCCAAUCAGAUCCCUGCUGAGUGUGUUGACAUGGUGACCGAGGUGAGAGGGUUCACCGACCCACAGAAGGAGGAGUACUUCAGGAAGAGAUUCAGAGAGGGGACAAUGGCCACCACAAUCAUCUCUCACGUCAAGAAAUCUCGAAGCCUCCACAUCAUGUGUCACAUCCCAGUCUUCUGUUGGAUCACUGCUACAGUUCUAGAGGACUUCUUCAAAACAUCCCAGAGAGGAGAAGAGGUGCCCAAGACCGUGACUGAGAUGUACAGCCACUUCCUGAGGGUUCUGUCCAUACAGGGGGACAGGAAGUAUCAUGGGCGAGCUGAAACCGAUCCACACUGGAGUUCGGAGAGCAGGGAGAUCAUUGUCUCUCUGGGGAAACUGGCUUUUAACCAGCUGGAGAAAGGCCAGCUGAUCUUCUACGAGGCAGACUUGGCAGAGUGUGACAUCGAUAUCAGAGCAGCCUCAGUGUACUCAGGAGUGUUCACCCAGAUCUUUAAAGAGGAGUGUGGACUGCACCAGUACAGGAUGUUCUGCUUCGUCCAUCUGAGCAUCCAGGAGUUUCUGGCUGCCCUUUAUGUCUUUCUGUCCUACAUCAACACUGGUGUCAACCUGCUUUCAGAGGAACAUCCAACCUCCAGGGAAGCUGAACUCCUCCUCCUCUACCAGAGUGCGGUAGACAAGGCCUUACAGAGUGAGAACGGACACCUUGACUUGUUCCUCCGCUUUCUCCUGGGCCUCUCUCUAGAGACCAAUCAGUGGCUCCUGAAAGGUCUGCUGGAACCAAGAGGAAGUAAAUUACUGGGCGAUCUAACUAAAAAAGAUCCACCGAGACAGACAGGAAGGAGGUCACAAAUCAAUACCCAAAUAGUCCAUUACAUCAAGGAGAAGAUAGGUGGAGAUCUCUCUCAAGAGAGAAGCAUCAAUCUGUUCCACUGUCUGAAUGAGCUGAAUGACAGUUCUCUAGUGGAGGAGAUCCAACAGUACCUGUCAUCAGGAAGACUCUCCACAGAAUCUCUCUCCUCUGCUCAGUGGUCAGCUCUGGUCUUCAUCGUACUGACAUCAGAAGAGCAGCUGGACGUGUUUUACCUGAAGAAAUACUCUGCUUCUGACGAGGGUCUUCUGGGGCUGCUGCCACUGAUCAAAGCCUCCAAAACAUCUCUGCUGAACAGCUGUAAGCUGUCAGAGAGAUGCUGUAAAGCUUUGGCCUCAGUUCUCAGCUCCAACUCCUCUACUCUGAGUGAGCUGGACCUGAGUUCCAAUCGUCUGCUGGAUUCAGGAGUGAAGCUGCUCUCUGCUGGACUGGGGAGUCCACACUGUACACUGGAAACUCUCAGGCUGAAUGGCUGUGAUCUGUCAGAGAGAUGCUGUGAAGCUCUGGCCUCAGUUCUAAACUCCAACUCUUCUCGUCUGAGAGUGCUGGACCUGAGUAACAAUGAUCUGCAGGAUUCAGGAGUGAAGGUGCUCUCUGCUGGACUGGGGAGUCCACACUGUACACUGGAAACUCUCAGGCUGAAUGUCUGUCAUCUGUCGGAGAGAUGCUGUGAAGCUCUGGCCUCAGUUCUCAGCUCCAACUCCUCUAGUCUGAAAGAGCUGGACCUGAGUACCAACGAUCUGCAGGAUUCAGGAGUGAAGCUGCUCUCUGCUGGACUGGGGAGUCCACACUGUACACUGGAAACUCUCAGGUUGUCUGGCUGCCUGGUCACACAGGAAGGCUUUGCUUCUCUGGCUUCAGCUCUGAGCUCCAACCCCUCCCAUCUGAGAGAGCUUGACCUGAGCUACAAUCACCCAGGAGACUCAGGUGCUGCCCUGCUCUCUGCUGGACUGGAGGAUCCACCCUGGAGACUGGACACUCUCAGUGUGGAGCACAGUGGAGUGUGGAGACUGAAACCAGCUCUAAAGAAGUAUGCCUGUGAACUCACACUGGACCCAAACACAGCCUACAGACAACUCUCUCUGUCUGAGGACAGCAGGAAGGUGACGUGGGUUGAAGAGGACCAGUCGUAUCCUGAUCACCCAGAGAGGUUUGACGUCCAGCACCAGGUGUUGUGUAGAGAGGGUCUGCCUGGCCGCUGCUACUGGGAGGUAGAGUGGGGAGGACGGGUUGAUAUAGGAGUGGCAUACAGAGGAAUGACAAGGAGAGGAGCGAGUAGUGACAGCCUGCUUGGAUGGAACAACAAGUCCUGGAGUCUUGUUUGUGAUGACGACAAUGAUGCUACUUUCUAUACUGCCCUUCACAACGGUAGUUCAACAUCCAUAUGUCUCCCCCCCCCUCGCUCUAACAGAGUAGGAGUGUAUCUGGACCGGCCUGCUGGCUCUCUGUCCUUCUACAGAGUGUCCCCAGGAGGAGGGGGGUCCUCAGACACACUGACACACAUCCACACCUUCCAGGCCUCCUUCACCCAGGAGGUCCUCCUCCCUGGGGUUGGGUUACGUAAGCCUGGUUCCUCAGCGUCUCUGGGAGUGUCCAUUGUAGAUACACAAGCACACACAAAGACCCAUGGCACGCACAUGUGCGUGCCAUGGGUCUUUGUGUGUGCCAUGGGUCUUUGUGUGUCUUUGUGUGUGCUUGCACGCACAUGUAGACAGUCAUAAACACACCCAAACCAACAAACACAUAUGUACAUAGAAAUUAACACACACGCACACAAACAAACACAUCGCACUCUAUAAACACACACACACAAACGUAUACAGACUUAUUCACACACACACACACAAUCACACACACACACACACACACACACACACACACACACACACACACACACACACACACACACACACACACACACACACGUACACAGACUUAUUUACACAGACAUGCACUCACACACACACAUCGUUCAUGGAUCUAAACCCACAGCAGGUCUGUGUGCCGGUGGUAAGCAGCAGGUAACAUCAGUGUCUCUCGUGGUUCAUCUCUCAGCCCUCUCUGUGUUCAGCUGGGCUGCUGAGCGUCAGAUUAGAGGGGGCCGCUUGGGUCUGGGGGGUCCUCACAGUCCUGACGUUGUUGAGGACCAGCUGUUGGGGGGACAUUUGAAUACCUGUGGACCCAUGGACGUACCUGUAGUGCAUCGGGUUGUUGAGCAGCAGCUGUUGGUGCUCUGAAGGGUCAACCCGUUCAGUGGAAGUACAACACUUUGUGAUUGAUUUAAAUACUCCACUGUAGUCCAAAUUAUUCAUUUUAUUGGGCUUUUGAAAGGUUCAGCGUAAACCAUGAAAAGGAAGAUCUUUGGGUUAAGCAGGUUGUACAAAGAUUUACUUUCUAAUGUAAAAUGUGUUUUAAAUGUUGAUUGAUGGUACUUUAUUUUGCUACAAUAUUUUAUCUAUUUUCAACAUCGUAUUAAUGGCAAAAUCAGUUUAUAUUUUGCCAUGCCAUGGACUGUGAUUUAAAGCAGAUGUAACAACAUAAUCAUAAAUGAUGAUAAGCAUUCUAUGGGAAAGGGUAACGAUGUUGUAAAUUACUUUAAACGGAAGAUGGUUUCUUUGUGUUCCUUUGGGAACAACAAGUCAACAUGUUCAGUCAUUAAAGAUACCUGUUUAUGAUUUGUAAUUGUUCAUAAAGCAUAAUGUUAAUAAACUACUCAGUGGGUCAACUGAAAGUUCUCGUGUGUUAUGAGGAUUCUUCCUGUUAGUUCAGUUGAA